UGCCCACUCAAAAGCCUUUCGAUCAUGCUGCCGUCGUCCACCCAAUUCUUGGCGCCUCCUCAUCACGACAUGGACGAAACCCGACUGAUGAACACCAUGCGAGCCCAACUGAGCCAGUUUUCGCAGGAAGAUCUGCUGCGGCAGGCGGCCGUGCAACUCCCCGACGAAGUGAAAAGUCAGUUGCGUCUCCUUCAAACCAUCAAACUCCACAACGAGAUGCUGCGAACCCUCGUGCAACAAGUUGACUCACAACCCACGACAUUCUCGUACCCGAUUCAAGACCCCCAACCGACAGAUGUGCAAACCACCAAGGAAAUCCUGGCUUGGUACUUCUCCGAAGACAACCACAAUUGCAACAACACAGCAAACUGCACGUGCUAGCCCAUGCCCACACCAUUCGUCCCUUAAUAUUAUUCCUUUUAAAACGUUGGAUGAGGUGUAC